UAGCCUAGCAGAGCAAGGGCUAGGUUUCCUGACCUCCAGGCCAGUCUUCAGUGCUCGACCUGAUGGCAGCUUGUAAGGAAUGGAAAGAGGGUAUAUGCCCUUACUUAUUUGGCGGGAGCCUGGGCCUGGGGGGGCUCCUGCUCCUGGCUGUGGUCAUUCUGUCUGCCUGUCUGUGUCGGCUCCAUCGGAAAGUGAGGAGGCUGGAGAGAAGCUGGGCCCAGCUCUCCGAGCAAGAGCUCCACUAUGCAUCUCUGCUGCCGGUGCCCUCCCGUGAGGGGCCCGGCCUCAGCCACAAGGAAGGCUCCAAGGAGGACACCAGCACCGAAUAUGCCUGCAUUGCCAAGAAAGAAUCCACCUGAGCUCCCCCAAACGCCUCCCCCCAACCCAACUGUGGUCCACCCAGUAAAGACCAGUAAACACCAUGGUCUCGCCA